AUGGUCCACGAUUCUACAACAGCGCCGCCAAGUGCUCAUCCAAUAAGAGAACAACUGAGAUCAGGUUCGGAGAUUGAUGUACGUGGAAAUGUUAUCCACGGAUCGCGUGAGCAAUACAAUACUAUCAGUUUCGUGAGGCAAACAACUAUUCCUCAGAGAUUUAGCAAUUGAAUUGCUCAGCGGUCCCAAUAUCGUUCUCCUCGUCAACUUCCGUUUUGAAGACGAGCACGAAGUGGUCAUGAACAGUUUUAUCAAUGACGCCUGGGGCCCAGAAGUGCGUCACCGUAAUCCGCUCAGACGUCACGACCCUUUCACCCUUAGGAUUCCUGUUCAUGAGGGAUACUACAAUGUUUGUUCAGUUUUAGGUUUCAUUCCGAACAAGUUAUUUUUGCGCUUCAGAUAACUGUGAACAAUCAUCAUUUUGACGAGUUUUCCCAUCGAAUACCGGUUCCAGAAGUUCAAGCCGUCGGAGUGAAAGGUUCUGUGACUCUGGACUCGAUUUCGUUCAAUGGAUUCAAGUUUCAAGCGGACUGGGGAGAGCCUCAUGAGUACGGACAUCAAGGUUUUAGUGCCUAUGGUUCCGAAGGAUACUUCGAACAUUAUUGA